AUGGAGGCCCUUGCUGGGGCACUCCAGAGAGUCACUGUUGAAGGAGGAGACUCUGUGUUGGCGGGGGUAGAAGAUUCUUUAUCUGCUUCGGAGAGAGCAGCAGUUCUUAAGCUGAAGCAGCUGCAGGAGGAGCACUCUGCAUUGUCUGCUCGGUUUGAAGCAGAUGUGCUGCGGCUUAAACUAGAGUAUGAAGAAAAGUAUAAACCUCUUUACAAAGAGCGGCUAGAAGUUCUCGCAGCCACAGCAAACCCUGCAGGGGAUCAAGCAGCAGAAAAGGAGACUACUGGCACUCCUGGUUUACCAUCAUUCUGGCUGCGAGCUCUAAAAGCGAAUAGAUUGCUUGCAGACAUAAUUGAGGAGUAUGAUGAGGGGCCUCUAUCUUAUCUGAAAGAUAUAACCUGUGAAUGGUUGUCUGCGCCGCUUGAGGACAAGAAAGAAGAGGGUAAUAUAGAAGUAGAGACUGCCCACGGCGAGAGUUUUCGUCUUAAGUUUGAGUUCGCUGAGAACCCUUUCUUUACGCCUUUAACUCUAAUUAAAGAGUACUGGCUGGCAGUAGGAGAAGGAGGUAGAGGUGCUGAGUUAAUAAGAACAAAAGGGACAUCUAUCAUGUGGGAGAAGAAUAAAGAUAUCACAAAAAAGACCGUUGUCAGAAGACAAAGAAACAGAAAAACUAAACAAACUAGAACCAUCACCGAAACUGUUGACGCAAACUCUUUCUUUAACCUCUUUGCUGAUCACGAGAUACCCUCCGAUGAUAAGCUUCAGCAAAUGGAUGAAAAAGAGGUUGAAGAGCUGCAGAUGGUCGUGGAGGCAGACUACGACAUCGGCAUCACCAUCAGAGACAAGAUUAUCCCCCGAGCGGUUGACUGGUACUUGGGGCAGGUAGACGAUGACUCUGACUUCGAUGACUACGACGCAAACGAUGAAGAGUUCGACAGCGAGGAAAGCGACGAGGAAGAAGACUCUUCUGAUGAAGAACCUCCCCGUCCUCACAAAGGCCACUAUCGACAUUGA